UGAUUGCUAGAGACCGAGAAGGCAUUGGUUAAUGCCUUGUUUUUGCCGUUGUUUUAGAUCUCUGCCACGUUGGCCUAUGACUUCUGCUUUUACGUUCUCUUCUUAUACUCAGUUCGUAAACUCGGUUCCGUGUUUCUAUGAAAGUUCGUUUUCUGAUGGUCGGGGGGGAACUGGGUUCAGUAAAAUCAGCGCUUCACCCAAUCGGUUGGUUAAGAAAAAAAAAGAAAAGGAAAGGAAAAAAAAGAAAAGGAAAGGAAAAGCCAUGGCGAGUCCCUCACUCUGUUGAUCUCCGUUCAUGCUCAUUCUGUAUCCCACAAAAGGACUAAACCAAUAAUUAAAAAAAAAAAAAAAGUCUGGAUAAGCGACUGGCUUUGACGACAUCAAUCAAACUGGUUCAAGAAUAAAGAUUCACACGGGAAGAGAUUUUGGUAACGAAGCGACAAGCGAACUGGAAAUUAUACCAGAGCAAACUGAAAUCCCUUCCUUCAAGUUAUUAGUAAUAUUUUGCAUUCUAUUCGCCGCCUCCGCCCUCCAGUCUCUUUCUUGCCAGAAAUAAGGACUUUGUCGGAACAAUGACCGAGGACAACAUCGUUAGGGCUUCUUCCCCGAAGGAAGCCUCUCAAUCAAAGCAGAGGAAGAAGAGAAAGUGGGAUCAGCCUGCAGAAACGUUGGUAACAGCAGGUAUAGCGGUCCCUGGAGUGCUCUCUCUGGGCAAUGGCGUACCUCUUACUGGGAUGGCAUUUCCCGGUGUAACUCCUUUGACAAAUCCGCUGCCAGCCAACUGUGCAACCGUGCCUCAGGUAUUACAGGCACCUUCAGUUCAGCUACAUGCAGCUGCAGCGGUCCAAAAAAUAAAUCAACAAAAGAUACAAGAUGAACUAGUAAUAGCUCGAGAAAUUGUCAUUAAUGAUGCUGAGUCUUCUAUUCGUUACAAGCUGACAAAACGCCAGACACAAGAGGAGAUUCAGAAGUGCACUGGUGCUGUUGUUAUAACAAGGGGCAAGUAUCGGCUACCUAAUGCACCACCUGAUGGAGAGAAGCCGUUGUAUCUUCACAUUUCUUCUGGAGCCCAUUUAAAAGAGACAGCAGAACGAAUUUUAGCUGUUGAUCGUGCAGCUGCCAUGAUUGAAGAAAUGCUGAGACAGGGUCAAUGUUUACCACCAAUUUCUCACACAGCAAAUUCCCCCAUGGCUAAUGGAGCGAAGGUGUUGAGCACUUGUGUGUUUUUGGGCUUUGAUGCUGAUCCAUCAUUGAACAUUGUUGCUCGUAUUCGUGGACCAAAUGACCAGUAUAUAAAUCACAUUAUGAAUGAAACAGGAGCAACCGUUGUACUCAGAGGACGUGGUUCAGGAAACACUGAAGGACCAAAUGGAGAAGAUGGACAGCAACCCCUACAUCUGUACUUGUCAAGUAAUAAUGCAAAGAGUCUGGAUGAUGCCAAGAGUCUGGCUGAAAAUCUUUUGGAUACAAUAAGUGCAGAAUGUGGUACUUCCAGGGUUUCAUCAUGUAAGGUUUUUAGUGCUGUUCCACCUCCACAGCAGGUAUAUAGUUCAGUUCCACCUGCCCAGCAGGUUUAUGGCGCUGCUGCAUUGUCACAGCAGGUUCCUUCUAUAUUUUCAUCUCCACAGCAAGUUUAUAGUGCUGUCCCACCCCCACAGCAGUUGUUGGCUGGUGUUCAGAGUUCAGGGUCUGAGAUAAAGGCGAGUGCAGGUCUAGCUGCUUGUUUGAUGUCAUCAACAACUCUGAUACCAGCUCCUCCAGCUUCCUUAGGUGGAGUGCCUGCCGUGACCACUACCACUGCUUUAGGAACUGCACUCCAACCUGCUGGGUUUUUGAGCUCUGGGCAGCCUCAAAGUAAUGUAGUUGGUUACACUCCGCCUAUGGUAUCUGGUGGCACAAGUUAUGUUGGAUAUGGUGGAAUAUAUCCGCAGGCAACCCCUCUGCAACAAGUUGCCCUUGCCCUAAGACACACACCUCCUGUUGCUUCAACAGUUGCUCCUUCAACAUCAGCAUCUGGUAGAGAAUCAAAGUCAAUUACAGGCUCUGCUCCUGAAAAGGAGAAACGGCCACCUCAGCGACGGAAGUUUCAAGAAUUACCUGUUGAUUCAAAGGGCCCUUCAAAGCUGAAUCAGGUAUUUUCUCUGACCUUCUAUGAAGCUAAUAGGCUGACACUGGACCUGUCUGUUGGGCCUAUGGUUUGUAUGUUUGACAGGGUUUCCGUAUUGGAGGCAUUUGGAGGUUGCUUAUGGAUUUGCUGCUUUUGACCUUUUGUGAUUGCCAAUCCAGGAUGUUAUGCUUUUUCAUCCUUUAGCAAAUACCUUUGGCUCUGGCUUUUUGUUUGUGUAUGUGUCACUGGUCCACUGUGUAAGUAAGGAUGCUGCAAUUUGGACUGUCAAUUUCCUGAGGCGUCUAUAAGCACCCAAUUGAUGAAAUUUCUUGCAGGAGAUCAUAUGAGAUGGGAGAAAAAUAUAAAAGCUGAGGAUGAGAUAUCCUCAUAAGUUAUAAUAGGAACAGAAAGAAAAUUAAUUAUGCUUCAGCGAAGAGCAUAACAAGUUAAAGCUCUUCCAUUUCCUUGGCUAUUGAUUGAAUAUAUACUUUUAACGCAUCUAAUUUUUAAGAUCUAUGAUGUUGACAGCCAUACCCUAGAGGAUGGGAUUUAGCUCAACCAUUUCAUUUUAAAUACAUAUGCACAAAAUCUUUUCAUCCCUCAACCAGUUCUCAUCGUGCUUUUUGGUAGGAAAAAUGAUUUUGAGAGGAGAAUGUUGAUCGGACAUUUUCAUUGGGGAAGUCUCGUGGUGCUGUUGGUUAUAGAAGUCCAUUGCUGGCAUUAUGCCAGAGUCCCCUUGAGGCCUUGCCAACUUAUGAAAUUGAUUGCAUUGCUAGAUUAUGACUACCUGAAGUUUUAGUUCAAUACCUAUUUGCACAUGGCAAGGCUCUUCGUACAUCAAACAUGGAAUUGAGGUGGAUUAUAUUGAGUAAUCAAUGUAAUUAGCAGACUCCACUGGAUUUAUUAAUGUAAAGGCGGAUAUUGCUUGGGUCGCCCCUCUCUAAUUGUUAUUAUGGUCGUUUAUAUGAUGCUAGAUCAUGUUAGAAUAGCAUAGCUACUAAUGGGUCUCUCCUGCCUACCUGUUUAUUCAAAAUCUAAACCUUGUUUCCUGUCUUCAGUGGAGUCUUGAUUGAUUCAACUUGUUUGGUAUUCUGGAGAAAAUUGCAUCUUAUUAUUUCUUAUUCAGAAAUCGCGUUUGGCUUUCCUGUUCCUCUUCUAAUUCAUUGCAGGGAUUGGAACCUUUGAAGGCUAGUGAAGAGGUUGAAGAUCUGGCUUUGAGGAAUGUAUCAACAAUGCCACCUCCAAAGAAGUUGUUCAAGCCAUUGUCCAAUGGAAUGCCACCACCCCCACCAAGAGCCAUGCCUCCACCGCCU